CUUCACUCUUCACUCAAUUGAUCCCAGACAAUCUUUCUUUCAUCUGUGCUCAAGCCUAUCCAAUCCCCAGUACCUCCUCAACCCACCCCAGCCCAGACAACCAAAUCCCUCCUCCAUCAACCCCAGCAACAAUGCACCCCCCACUCCGCAUUGCCAUCCUAGAAUGCGACACCCCCGUCGACAAAGUAAACACCAAGUACGGAGGCUACCGCGGCGUCUUCGCGAAACUACUGCAUGAGAGCGCCGCCGCCCUCGGCCAGCCCGACCGACUGGAUCCCGAGACCGGGCUGGACAUUACCGGCUGGGACGUUGUGACGGCGCAGGAGUAUCCGAACCUGGACGAUGUAGAUGCCAUCGUUCUGAGUGGCUCAAAACACGACUCGUUCGCCGACCACCCCUGGAUCCUCAAGCUCGUGGACUUCACGCGAAAAGCCUACGAGGACAAGCGCGUCAAGAUCUUCGCCAUCUGCUUCGGGCACCAGAUCCUCGCCCGCGCGUUGGGCGUCAAGGUGGGCCGGAACCCCGAGGGCUGGGAGCUGGCCGUCUGCGAGGUGGAUCUCUCCGAGCAGGGGCGGGAACUUUUUGGGAGGGAGAAAUUGCGCAUCCACCAAAUGCACCAAGACAUCGCCUACGGAUAUCCAUCCGAGGUGAUCUCGCUGGGCUCCUCGCCGCGGUGCGCGGUGCAGGGCAUGUAUAUCCCCGGAAAACUGAUCACGGUGCAGGGCCACCCGGAGUUCCGGGAGGACAUCAUGGAUGAGCUGAUCACCCUGCGCACGGCGAGUGGGUUGUUCUCGCCGGAGAUGUCCAAGGACGCGUCCGGUCGGGUUGGGCUGCCGCAUGAUGGGGUGGCGAUCACGGUGGCCUUUUUGAAGCUCGUAAUUGAGUCGAGGUGAUCCCCAACUUGGCCGGUUAGAUAGAUCGCAGCCCGCCCAUUUAGACUCGAAUUCGGGCGUGGUGAACUUGCAA